AAUAAUCAAAAAAUUUUAUAUUUUUUUAACGAAAAAUUAUUGGUUAAUAAAAAAAUGCAUAAGAGUAAAUUAAAUAGGAUCGAUCCAGCUAGCGAAAAAAUCAUUUUAAAAUAUAUGUUAGAAAAUGGAUCAUCAUCUUCUAACCCUUUUGCAGAAUUGAGUAAAUUAAUACCAUAUAGUGCCAAAAAAAUUCGUCAACGUUGGAUAAAUAAUCUUGAUCCUCAUCUCAUUGUUCAUGAUCCACUCAAUGAAUCGGAAAAAUCAUUCAUUAUUAAAUGGGUUGAAAAUAAUCAAUUAUCAUCAAAUGGUAAAAUCCGUUGGAAAGUAUUAAUUAAAGAAAUUAAAUAUGUAUUUGGAAAAUUACGUUCGGAGAAUCAAGUUAAGAAUUAUUGGUAUUCAAAAAAAAGGAAAUCUACAAAUAAUAUUAAUAAAUCAACAAAAGAAAAAGUUUUUCGUUCUUUAAAAUUUAAAAAAAGAAAACAAAAAGAACCACUCUUUAGUGAUUAUAUUGAUAAAAAUAUUACAGUAUUUAUGAAUAAAUGGGGUCAUCUUUCAAAUUGUUAUAUGAAGAUUCAUAAAAAGUUUCCUGAAUAUACUUCAAAACAGAUCCGUCAACGAUGGGUAAGCAAACUCGAUCAAAGUCUUUGUCACGAACCUCUUGAUAAAGCAGAAGAAAUAUUUGUCGUCCAAUGGAUUAAAGAUAAUCAAACAGCUUAUGAUAAAAUUUACUGGAAGAAAUUAAUUGCUGCAUUGAAAGAACAAUUCGGUAAAUUACGAUCUGAAAAUAAAUUAAAAAAUUAUUGGUACUCGAGAAAAGGUCAAGUUCUUUCUAAAAAUUGUGUAUCAUCUGAAGAUCGUAAUAUGUUACUUUCUCAAGAUGAUGAUGAUAUUCCUCCGAAUGCAAGUCGUAUGGAAAUCUUAUGCCAUGAGGCGCUUAAAUAUAAUUUUUAAUAUCCGAUAUGAUCCAACAUUUAUUAAUUAUAUAGGUCUAUUGUUAUAUAUAUUAUAGUUAUUUAUUAUAUAGUUAUUUAUUAUCUUAUAUAGUUA